GGACGAAGCCGAGUGAGAGCGGAUGUUAUCGAAGUACUUUCACUCAGCUUUAGUACGUCAGUUGAAGUAGACGGUUCCGCAUUUCUGUGUCCGUUAGUCUCGGUAAUUAAGCGGACUUUUACUCUGGAGGUCAGAAAUGAGUCGACUGCAGAUACUUUGUGUGGCCGGGGUGCUGCUGCUAGCACAAUGCACCGCCAUCCUGAGAGUUCCUCUUUAUAAAACAAGGAGCCUGCGCCGCCUGAUGAGCGAUAAUGGGAUGUCCGUGGAUGAACUGCGGGCUUUGGCGAAGAGCACCGGAUCACCGGACAGCGCUCCAUCCCCACAGCUGCCCGUGGAAAGGCUGACCAACUUCUUGGAUUCUCAGUACUAUGGGAUUAUAAGUAUUGGCACCCCACCACAGAACUUCACUGUGCUGUUUGACACUGGCUCCUCCAACCUGUGGGUCCCCUCCAUUCACUGCUCCUUGUUGGAUAUUGCCUGCUGGUUUCAUCACCGCUACAACUCAAAGAAGUCGAGCACAUAUGCCAAGAAUGGCACAGAGUUCUCCAUCCAGUAUGGCACGGGCAGCUUGUCUGGCUUCAUCAGCGGGGACACUGUCACUAUUGCAGGUCUGUCUGUGCCUGGGCAGCAGUUUGGAGAAGCGGUGAAGCAGCCCGGGAUUACGUUUGCCUUUGCGCGAUUCGAUGGGGUGCUGGGGAUGGGCUACCCCUCAAUAUCUGUAGAUAAUGUCAUGCCAGUGUUUGACACGGCCAUGGCUGCCAAGCUACUCCCCCAGAACAUUUUCUCUUUCUACAUUAGCAGAGACCCGACCGCAGCAGUAGGAGGGGAGCUGAUGCUGGGAGGGACCGACCCGCAGUACUACACUGGAGACCUGCACUAUGUUAAUGUGACACGAAAGGCCUUCUGGCAGAUUGGGAUGAACAGAGUUGAUGUUGGCAACCAGCUGACUCUUUGCAAAGCCGGUUGCCAGGCUAUCGUUGACACAGGGACGUCCCUAAUUGUGGGUCCUAAGGAGGAAGUCAAGGCACUGCAGAAAGCCAUUGGAGCGAUCCCCCUGCUCAUGGGAGAGGCCUUGAUCGAGUGUACGAAGAUUCCAACUCUCCCCGUUAUCUCUUUCGACAUUGGAGGAAAGACGUUCAACUUGACCGGAGAGGAUUAUGUCGUGAAGGAGUCUCAGAUGGGUGUGACUAUCUGUCUGUCAGGCUUUAUGGCCAUGGAUAUCCCGCCUCCUACAGGACCCCUCUGGAUCCUGGGAGAUGUAUUCAUUGGGAAGUACUACACAGUGUUCGACAGGGAUGCUGAUCGCGUGGGCUUCGCCACUGCCAAGUAGACAAUUAAACAUUGUGUAAGAUAUACUGCACUUCUCCUUUUUAGCAGUAAUUUCACUUUAAAAGUCCCGCAAAGCAAAAUUUAAUCGACAGUCUCGCUUUAUUUGAUUUGCAGUUAUAUCUGACAUUUGCAUGCAGAAAUGAGAUUUACAUGAAUCACCAAAUGAUUUGCAGUGAGCUGAUAGGGAUGCUACAUUAAUUACCACAAAGGAGUGAUGUGAACAAAGGGACUACUACAACCCAUUUCUUGCAUUUGUCUGUUUAAAUACUUUUGAUUUUUUUUAGCUUUAACAUAUAUUUUAUAGAAUACUAUGCAAAGCUGUGCAUUUUGAUGUCUUUGGAUGGUUUAAAUGUGUGAUUUAAAGUGUGUGACACCUUUUGUACACAAAAAGCACACUUAUAUGAACAAAUGUACUGGGCUACCUACACAUUACUGCUACAGAAGCGGCUGGAAAUCCAUGCCAUGAAGCUCCCAACAUAUGAUUUUGGAGCCGAUGUUAACGCCAGCAGAGGUUUGGACCUCUACAGUUACGGAGCCAGGAGAGCAUUGGAAACUUCAGUGCUAUCAGUGACCCCGUCCUAUAAUUUUAUAUGGUUUGACACUUUGUGGCUUGUUUUCUGUAGCAUCUAAACGCUUCCACUUUGCAAUACCGCUUAUAACUGAUUGUAGAAUAUUUAGGAGGAAAGAAAUUCCCCAGGCUGACUUGUUGCAAUGGUAGCCAUCCUAUUACAGCACCAUGCUUUAAGGUGGGGCCCAGUACUGUUGCCCAUACAGUGUA